AUGUCCCAGGUGCUGCAGAACCACGUGCUGCGUGUCGGCCAGACCGUCUGUGUCUCCUCCCAGGAGAAAAGCCAAAGUCUGCACCCAGCAGGGUGCUGCCCUGCACUGCCCAUCCAGUGUGUCUACUACUCCAGGGAGAGCUGGGCCAACGCCCCCUCCAUGGUGCCCACCACCAGCACACGGCUGCGCCCCGGUGCCCGGCUGUGCACUGCCCACCCGGUGCUGGAGCAGUUGGCCUCGCAGGGCACCUCUUUGGAGACCCCCACAGCCCCCUGCCAGCCCGAGGAGGAGGAGGAGACCAGCACGGAUGCUGAGGCCCACCAGGUGUCUCCUACCUUGGACAUCUCCAUAGAAAGCCUCAACCAGCUGAUCCUGGAGAUCGAUCCAACCUUCCAGCCGCUGCGCUGCGAGCCGCUGAGGGAGGAGCUCCAGCCGGCUGCCCGGGGGGACGCUGCCGCCCGGAGAGCAGAGCCGCAGGCGAUAGACACCAAAUACAUCGAGCUGGCAGCAGGCAGAGCCACGGGGCCCGAGGGCUGCCCCAGCCCCUCCGCCACCCCCAGCCCCUUCUCCAGGUCCCCCCAGGGCAACAGCUUCCUGGCCCACAAAGGGGGGCUCAGGGGCACCUACAACACCGGUGGCAGCCUGGUUUUCUCCAGCCCAUCCAGAGCCACCAGCCCCAGCCCGGGCACCCCAACCGCUGCCUCCCCGCCCCGUGGCAUCACCGUGCCCCAGCCGUGCCUGGAUGGACAGACAGACAGCAUCUCCUAUGGCACCUCCCCGGGCUUGGACAGCCUGCUGAAGCCUGUGCAGGUGGUGAAGGCCCAGCAGAGGAGCAGCUGGGUCUCCAUGCUCUCCACCAGCCCUGGCUCAGACACCAGUUACGCCCUUGGCAGCAGCUCCCACUCGCUCCUCACCGACGACUCUGACGCCCACCCUGCUGCCUGCCCGUCCCCUGCCAGCUCCCGGGGCAGCCCCUGCCCACCCUCCCCAAGCAUCAGGUCUCACUCUGGAGAAGCUUUUGGUCUGAGUCCCCAGCAGCCCAGGGCAGCCUGCUCCACCAAAGCCAACACCUCCCCAGCCCAGAAGGGACAGGCCAGCAGCUGUCCCCCCUCCAUCCUCAACUCUGCAGGUGACAUCCCAGUGCUGCUGGUGAACGGCUGCCUGGAGCACGGAGAUGAAGCUUCCAGGCCAGCCAAGAAGCCCCCAGCCUCUGCCAAGCAGACCUCUCCUCCCAGCUGCAGCCCCACCCUGAGGCUGGGUGGCUUGAACAACGCUCUGUCAGCACCAGCACUCUCCUGUGUCCCUGACAGUCCCUUCAGGGCUGGGCAGCCCACUAUGAAGUUUGUGAUGGACACAUCAAAGUAUUGGUUCAAGCCGAGCAUGACGAGGGACCAAGCCAUCCAGCUGCUGAGGGACAAGGAGCCAGGCACGUUCGUGGUGCGGGACAGCACGUCCUACCGGGGGUCCUUUGGGCUGGCCAUGAAGGUUCCCAGCGCUGCCCCCAGCAGCCACACAGGGGACGACAGUGGAGACCUCGUCAGGCACUUCCUCAUCGAGUCGUCUGCCAGAGGAGUGCACCUGCGAGGGGCCAGUGAGGAGCUCUACUUUGGAAGCCUCUCUGCCUUCGUGUACCAGCAUGCCAUCACCCCCCUGGCACUGCCCUGCAAGCUGAGCAUCCCCACCAGAGAUCUUGCUGAUGGAGAAGACAGCUCUGACUGUGCUGCAGGACCCACGCUGGCCCCACUGAAGCAGGCUGCUGUGUGCAACGUCCUGUACCUCAGCUCUGUGAACGUGGAGACCCUGACAGGAGCCCCAGCCAUCCAGAAGGCCAUUUCCAGCACCUUCGAGCUGGAGACCCUCCCCACACCCACCCUGGUGCACUUCAGAGUGACUGAGCAGGGCAUCACCCUCACAGACAUCCAGAGGAAGGUGUUUUUCAGGAGACACUACCCCCUGGCUGCCCUCAGGUUCUGUGGGAUGGAUCCUGAGAACAGAAAGUGGCAGAAGUACUGCAAGUCCUCGAGGAUCUUCGGGUUUGUGGCCAAGAGCCAGACGGAUUCACAGAACCUCUGCCACCUGUUUGCAGAGUACGACAGCGUGCAGCCCGCGGCACCUCUCAUCCACCUCCUCUGCCAGCUCCUGCCAGGCCCAUAG